AUGCGUAUUUUUGGAAUUAUUCCUGAGCUACGAAAUUAUCGACUUAUGAAAAUUGGUUUUUGGGGUCAUCAAUUGUACGUUUCACCAUUUUGUACUGAUCGUAUUCAAAUAUGGUCCAUACAUUCAUUUAUACCUAAUUCAUGGUCAAAAUUAUUUGAUUUUCCGCUUAUUCAACUUUUUUAUUCUUUUUACACUGUAUCACCUGAUGAGCCAUAUAUCUAUGCUCUUAUUGUCGCAUUAUUCGAUUGUGAUGUACCACGAAUAUCAAUGUUACGAAUAUAUAUGGAUAGCGGUGCAUGUGAUGUAUUUAAUUUGGAUGAAGUAUCUGGUGAUGAAUUCGAGAAUAAGGUUUUUUUAGAGAAUAUUGUACUUGGCUGUGGAAAACAUCAAUUAUAUAUGUAUGAAAGAAGCGUUGUAAUGGGACCAAUUCCGUUUUGGAAAAUAAUACUUCUUAAGGAUAGUAUGACAUUUGUAAUUAUCAGUGAAACAAUUGCUGCAAAUGAAAAUGAGGAAAGAUGUAGUCGUUUCCCGAUUGUUUUAGAUGGUGAUAGAAGAAGAGUGUUUAAACUACAAGAUAAUCACGAUAUUAUUGUUUAUGAUGGAGAAAAUAAUUGCUGGAAUACCUAUCCACCAUCAUCAGAUUCACCUACUGAUUUGAAUUUAUUACGUGUUAGAGGCAUCAGUGAAACAUACGGACGAACAGUGCAUCGAAUGGGAGCUAUUGAAUCACCACUUACUUUUUACGUCAGUGAUGAUAUUUGCAUUGCAAAGAUUUUUCGUCAAGCAUAUCAUUCCUUCUAUCAUAUUAUAUUUGAUGAUGAACGAAAGGUUUAUCGAGUAAUACCAGCGGGUAAAUAUCGUCUUCCCAUGCAUAUUCAAUUACGAUUCUAUGGGGUCUGUUCAAAAACGCAAUUUGCAUUCAUAUGUUCCACCGGUGUAGCAUUUGUCCCGCUUGAGCCAGCAACCUUACGACAAUUAUCAUUUCUGGCAGUACAACGACAGCAUUGCAAAAUUAUUGGCGGUAUAUGGCGUGGUGGAAUCUCCGAAGAAAUGAUUAAAGCUACCUGUGCAUAUAGUGCAACUCGGCAACUUCUUUGA